AUGUCCAACUUUCGAGCCUGGCAGGUCGAUUUGUUCCUUCUGGAGCAUUGGCAAGAAGACUCGUCGCUAUCUGUUGAUGCCCAUCGCGAGGAAAUUUUCGCUAAAUAUGUGGCACUCGGAGUCCGUGGUCGCGAGCCGUAUCGAAACCAGCAGCGAAGACUAGAGGACAGGUCUGCACGAGAUCUUCCGCAAUAUAGUCAAGAGCUAUUGGAUCGUAUCCGCCUACCUGCUGAGCGUGAUUUAAAUGAUGACCCAUGUUGGCUCCGCACCUGCUAUGACCCUUCCUCAGAAGACUUAUGGGCUCAGAUUCAAGAUUAUAUUGAUACCAAGAUCGUCGGCCCAGGAAUUGAGUCCGAGAGCAUUGAUCCCCAGCGCGAUGAGGAAAAUGGCUAUGACCCAAAGGAGGAUGAAAACCCUUGGAUAUGCUUUUAUUCGGAGUAUCUCUUCCGGUUAGCCGCAGGGCGUAUCCAUAUCGUUGAUGAAAAAACUUUGGCCUCCGAAGGCCCCGACGCAGGGACCGUCCUCGUGAUGUGGUACGACGAGUGUGGACGGGCAAUCCGUUACUAUCGCGAGAAAGCGAUGCAUGCAGUGGAAAUUGCGAAUCUUGAAACUUGUUACCUCAAAGACUAUGCGUGCUGGAAUAAUGCGGAAAUUGGCGAAUGUUAUGAAUGGGGUGAACCCUUAGGACCCCCCUACAGCGAAAACCGCGGAGAAACCUCUAAGUAG